CCGCUGAACCAAUGACAUGGACGUACUGGACCGUAUAUAGUGUUCGGGUCAAGGUAAGAGACCGAAGAGCGACCCGGCGUCUCCUGUUUACUUCAAAGAUGACGUUCAACAAGGAUACUAACAACAGGGAGGCAGGUGACGUGAACAGCCGUGUUAAACAGGAGGCCAACGGAGGCUUGUGGGACUCCAUCACCAAAGCCGCGUUCAUCAUGGGAUCUGGGAUCUUGCUGUUGGCCGCGUUCGGAAACUCGCUGACUUGGCACCUGCAGCGGUUCUGGGGCGCGUCGGGGGACUUCUGGCAGGACCUGUGGACCAGGCUGUACCUGCGGUACGAAGGCCACCCUGCCAGCCUGUUCUACCUGGGGACAAUGUUGGCCCCCCUAGUGGCAUUCUGGGCCACCAACGGGCUACUCCUAUUGGUGGACGUGACGGGCUGGCCCUCCUUCAUCACUCGCUACCGUGUGCAGGCUGACAAGAACAGCCCCGUGGACCAGGGGAAGCUGUGGCACGCCAUCCGGCACGUGGUCUUCAACCAGCUGAUGGUGUCGGGCCCCAUGGUGGUCGGGAUCUACUACCUGACGAGCUGGAGGGGGGAUCCCCUCAACGCCCAGCUGCCCACCUUCCACCGUGGCCUGAUGGAGCUGGCUGUGUGCAGCCUCGUGGAGGAGCUCAUGUUCUACUACUCCCACAGGCUCUUCCACCACCCGACCCUCUACAAGCACUUCCAUAAGCAGCACCACGAAUGGACCGCCCCCAUCGGGUUGGUGUCCAUCUACGCCCACCCUCUGGAGCACGUGCUCUCCAACAUGCUGCCGGCCGUGUCCGGCCCGGUGCUGCUGGGUUCCCACCUGAGCACCACCAGCCUGUGGUACUGCCUGGCCUUCAUCAGCACCUCCAUCUCCCACUGUGGCUACCACCUGCCCUUCCUGCCUUCCCCAGAGUUCCACGACUACCACCACCUCAAGUUCAACCAGAACUUUGGGGUUCUGGGUGUGCUGGACCGACUCCACGGCACCGACAGCAAGUUCCGGCAGACCAAGCAGUACGAGCGCCACGCCCUGCUCACCAGCUUCACCCCGCUGACCGAGAGCAUCCCAGACGCUCCCAAGAAGCUCCAGUGAUCCCGUGACCAAUGAACUUUGACCUCAGGGGAGCAGGUGGUCCCAAAACCCUGAAACUGCUGAAAAAAGAAAUAAUCCUGUUAAAUUAUUAAUUUAUUGUUUGUUUGAUCGGGAACAAAUAAGGAGAAGCCAUUGAAUGUUGUUUUUUAAGCAACUUGGGAAAAAGUAAAGGGAAGGGUAAGGGAAAAAGUACCCAACCAGGCAGACUGCUGGUUCCUGGAAUUAGAUAGUGUUAGAGGUGUUAGGUAUCUAGUGUUAGAUACCUCUUAAAGGACCUCAAGAUGUCCGGUGUUGGGGAGCCGAUGGCUGGCCAGUAGGUAAUUCCUUAAAUAGGAUGGGACAUUUCAUUUGCAACUAUUCUGAUUUAGAAACAAGAUGAUUGAGGAAUGCUGGAUUAUAUUGUCGCUAUAUCUAUAAAUAUGAGGGACAUGUCUAAUUUUUCAACCUCUGGGAGGAUUUCUUGUAGAUUUGAACAAGAAUCACAUGACUGAGGAACAAUUCUCUGCAUGUUUUUAUGUUCAUUUUGUAGUUUAUUGGCAAUGGAAUCCCUCAUUUAUUUCAUAUUCUUAACUGCCCUUCUUAAUCCUUUAACUUUCCUUUCAGUGAUGUCAUUUUUAUUAUAAUUAAUAUGAUUUCAGAUGUUUGGUAAUAGCACUAUGAGGACACCUGCUGCAGAGUUAGAAGUGAAAAGGGGCUGGGUUCUUCGACCCUUAACAACUUCUAAGUCAAUCGAUUGUCUUUGCAUAAAUUUGCACUUAAUUGUGGAGGCACAUAUUCUGUUUUGAAGGUUGAUAUUACACAUUAUGUUGAACCCGUUCUAAUCCUGAUCCUUCCUGGUCAAAAUUGAAGGACGGUUUAAUCAAUAAGAGAAUGUAUCCAUCAGUGACUCGACCCAUCCAAUAAAGACCAUGUCUGAGUAUUGAUGGAGCAGCCCAGGAUGAAUGGGCCACCAAUGGUUUACACUUCAUUGUUCUCCACUGUUUUUGAAUAAAAUAAAGAAAAA